AUGACCGCUACCGCCACCAAAUCCAUCCCAACCGCCCUCGUCAUCAUCUCCACUCUCCUCCACCUCUCCACCACAGCCUUUGCUAUUGGUGUCAAUUAUGGUACCCUAGCCAACGAUCUGCCAUCACCAUCUCAGGUGGCCAACUUCCUUAAAACACAAACAAUUAUUGAUAGCAUCAAAAUCUUCGACGCCAAUCCUGACAUUCUUCGCGCUUUUGCCAACACAAACAUUACGGUGACUGUCACUGUUGGUAAUGGUGAUAUUCCUGCGCUUGUUGAUGCAAAUGCCGCCAGCCAAUGGGUUGCUAACAAUAUCAAGCCAUAUUAUCCGCAAACAAGGAUUAAACUCAUCGCCGUUGGCAAUGAAAUCUUGUUUACUGGUAAUAAGGAGUGGAUUGCUCGUCUUGUACCCUGCAUGAAGUCCUUGCAUCAGGCUCUUGUUCGUGCUGGAAUCAAGGAUGUUAAGGUAUCGACUCCUCACACUCUUGGAAUUUUGCAUAAUUCUGUGCAACCAAGUGCUGCCCGGAUUAGACCUGGCUAUGACAGGGUCAUAUUUGCACCCAUGCUCCAAUUUCUACGUCAAACCAGAUCACCUCUUAUGGUCAACCCGUACCCUUACUUCAGCUACUCUCCAAGUAUGGAAAACUACAUCCUCUUCAAGCCUAACCGUGGUGUACAUGACAAAAACACCAACAUUACCUACACUAGCAUGUUCGUUGCAAUGUUGGACGCGGUUUAUUCGGCAAUAAAAGCAAUGGGUUACGGUGAGUUGGAUAUUGUUGUCGCGGAGUCCGGUUGGCCCUCGCUUGGUGACCCGAACCAGCCGAUGUGUACCGUGGAGAAUGCAAUGUCAUAUAAUAAGAACAUGAUUAGGGUUGUUACUUCAGGGAAGGGGACUCCGUUAAUGCCCGGUCGACGGUUCGAGACGUAUGUUUUUGCAUUGUUCAAUGAGAAUCUUAAGCCCGGAACCACCGCAGAGAGGAACUGGGGUUUGUUUAGGCCAGAUUUUAGCCCGGUUUAUGAUGCUGGGCUUAUGCGCAAUGGCCAGUCCCCCGGUCCAAGACCAAGACCAUCACCUACAACAGGCAAGAAAUGGUGUGUACCAAAAGCAGACGCCAGUGAUAAAGCAUUACAAGCAAACAUAGACUAUGUGUGCAGCCAGGGUGUGGAUUGCAAACCUAUUCAAGCUGGUGGUGCCUGUUUCAAUCCAAACAAUGUCAGGUCCCAUGCAUCAUACGUCAUGAACUCCUUUUACCAAUCCCAUGGUCGCCACGAUUUCGAUUGUGAUUUCUCUCAAACCGGUGUCCUCACCACCUCUGACCCAAGUCAUGGCACAUGUAAAUACAUUUGA